AUGUCCCCUGCACUGGCAGGCGGAUUCUUAAUCACUGGACCACCAAGGAAGUCAGAAUUCAGUCUGGCUCCAGAGUCUAUACUUGGAAUUGUAAACUCUUGCUGGAGAACGUUUAAUAUUUCCCACAUAAUGAGUCAUUUCAUCCUGGGUCAACUUUGCUGCUUCAUAAAAUGUUGCACCUUGUUCCUCAUGCACACAUCUCCUACAUCUGCUACCUUGGCCACUAGAACACCAGGAGACUACAUCUAUGAGAAAACUCUCAAUUACUCAUUUCUUCAUUCCUUCCAUAAACACUUUGUGCUUGUACGUGCAGGUUGUUUGUAA